UACUGUACGAAUGUGUUGUGUUACGUACGAAUAAUAUUCAUUUGUGAACAAUAAUUUUUGAAAAAAAAAUAGGAAACGAUGUUUUCUUCAGAGAACGAUAAACAUUCGAGUCUACAAAUAAUGUAUUAAGGUUAUCGUAAUCAAUUUACGAACGGGUGAUACGAGAUUGUCGUGUCACCGGUUUAGUUUCAUCGUGAGAAUUAUUUACAUCGUGAGUACCAAUAGAACGUUGGAUUUAGAAAAAUAUUAAAAGAAAUGGUGAAUGUUAAGAUAUUGGACGGUGGAUUUUCGGCGCAAUUAUCUACUCAUGUCGGUGCGAAGAUCGACGGUGAUCCAUUGUGGACAGCGCGAUUUUUAGCAACAAAUCCUGAUGCUGUCUAUGCUACUCAUUUAGAUUUUUUGCGAGCAGGUGCAGAUAUUAUAGAAACGAAUACAUAUCAAGCUUCAGUAUCUGGUUUAACGAAAUAUUUAUCUAUAACUGAAGAUGAGAGCAUAAAAUUGUUACAUGAAGCUGUUAAUCUUGCUAAGAGAGCUAUUAAUGAUUAUACAAACGAAAUAGCAGGGAAUAAUGAUGUUGAAAAUAAAGAACCUUUGAUUGCUGGUUCUUGUGGACCAUAUGGAGCUAGUUUACAUAAUGGUUCAGAAUAUAAUGGAGCUUAUGGCAAAACUGUACCUUGUAAAGUUAUGAUGGAAUGGCAUAAAUCACGUAUUGAUGCUUUCAUAGAUGCUGGCAUAGAAUUAUUAGCAUUAGAGACUAUACCUUGUUAUCAAGAAGCAGAGGCAUUGGUUGAACUUUUAAAACAAUACCCAAAUGUCAAAGCAUGGCUUUCAUUUUCUUGCAAAAGAAACAGUCAAAAUAUAGUGGAUGGUAGCAGGUUUCAAGAAGUAGCUACACACUGUUAUAAGAUGGCUUUACCAGGACAAAUAAUUGCCAUUGGUGUAAAUUGCAUUGCUCCAAGAGAUGUAACUCCUCUAUUAAAAAAUAUUAAUAAAGGUGGAGAAAAUGAAUUUAUACCAUUAAUAGCAUAUCCUAAUAAUGGAGAAAUAUACUCAAUUGAGGGAUGGGUAAAAGAUGAAAAUUGUACUUCAUUUGAAAGUUUUAUUCCUGAAUGGUUGGAUCUUGGAAUACGAUACAUUGGAGGUUGUUGUAGAAUAUAUGCAGAUAAUAUAAAAUCUAUCAGAAAGGAAGUAAACAGUUACAAGAAAAAGAAGGAAGCAAUGGAUUAAUUGAUUGUAUCAAAAUUAAAAGUCAAUAAUUUGUGUUCAUUACUCAAUCCUAUUUUUCACCAUUUUGUAUCUAAGAUUAAAAAUUAAUAAUUACUGUUUAUAAAAAUAUAAUUUUUUCCAAAAGUAA